AUGCAUCUAAUUCUUACCGGAGCUACUGGCCUGGUAGGUUCCGGCGUUCUCGAUGCCAUGAUCAAAAUGAAGGACGUCAGCAAGAUCUCUAUUCUCAGCCGCCGGCCUGUCAAGAUGGUUGAGGACGUUAAGGACCCUCGGGUUCAUGUUAUUCUCCACAAGGACUUCGAGAAGUACGAUUCCGAGCUACUAUCUCAGCUGAAGGGAGCUUCGGGUUGCGUAUGGGCCCUAGGUAUCAGUCAGACACAAGUCAGCCCCGAGGAAUAUGUGAAGAUCACGAAGGACUACACUUUAGCGGCAUCAGAAGCCUUUCAGAAACUGGGUUCUGAUGAGAAACCUUUUAAUUUCGUUUACGUCUCAGGGACGGGUGCAACAACACAGCCAGGCCGGUUCUCUGCUAUAUUCGCCCGGGUUAAGGGCGAGACUGAAUUGGCGCUGGCUGAGAUGCGUAAAACAAAUCCAUCCUUUCAUGCAAGCUCGAUCCGCCCGGCAUUUAUUGAUGCCGCUAGUCACGAUGCUAUCAAGCCCUAUAUUCCGGUCAAGACGCCCCUAUAUAAGGUUACUUAUGCACUUUUAGGGCCACCGUUGAGGUUUGGCGCUGGGACGUACUGGAGUCCUACGCAGGGUCUAGGACGCUUUUUGACAGAAAUGGCCAUGGGACGACAUAAGGAUCAGUUUAAGGCAAAGGAUAUACAGAUGGAAGGUGAAUUCCCGAUUCUAGAGAAUUCGGCGUUUAGGCGAUUAUCAGGCCUUAGUCGUUAG